AUGUUUCCAGCAUUGAUGGAAGCGUUUCAGUGUGAUCUCACGGAGGCAAUCCAGUUUACAGGGCUGUGCAUCUUGAUGUUAGGGUUCAGUAACUUCAUCUGGGUUCCUAUCAGUACCUCUUUCGGCCGCCGGCCAGUAUACCUUCUCAGCCAGCUCGUCAAUUUUGGAGCCAGCAUCUGGCGUGCCAGAGCUAACUCUUAUGGUUCUUUCAUGGGUACCUGCAUCGUCAAUGGCAUCGGCGCUGGUCCUUCUGAGACCAUCAUGCCUGAAGUCAUCGCUGAUAUCUUCUUCCUGCACGAUCGCGGCAAGUGGAACACACUUUAUUGGGUUGUGUACAUGGUCUGUCACCAAAAAUGUUUGUAUCUCUGCGUAUACUAA